AAUAAUCUAUAUACACUUUUAAUGUGGUUAUAAAUGGCUCCAAAACGGCGUGGGCGGCCCCCGAGGGGUAGCCAUAAGGAUCAGGGCACUCCUCCAAUCCCAGAAGCUAGUCCCCCUACUCAAGCUGCUCCGCAGGAGGGAGGGACGAGCAAUCCCCAAGUGGCCAGCUUUGCUCAGGAACUUAUGGCAGAGAUAAGACGCCAAGUAUCUCCUGCCACAAGUGUACCACCUUCAUCCCCGGUGGUCUCCACUCCUAUGGCCCCUACUCCGGUUUCCCCUGUUCCUAUCUCUUCUGCCCCUGCUGUGCCUGUCUGGAAGAUUUAUACAGAAUUCCAGAAGUUGAUGAAGAACAAGGGAUUCAAUGGUACUGCAGGUUUUGAGCAGGUGGAAUCGUGGAUCACCGAGGUGGAGCGGGGAUUCCACCUACUGCAGGUUUCUGAUGACCUUAAGGUCAAUGUAGGCACUUACAUGCUUUCUGGGAAGGCAUUAACUUGGUGGGUGAGUUAUAUGAAGCUACACCAAGGGGAGCCUGAACUGAGCACCUGGGAAGGUUUUAAAAAGGUGUUCAUGCGGGAGUUCAUGCGGGAGUUCAUACCGGACAGCAAAAGGCGAGAACUGCAAAGGGAAUUUGCAGACUUAAAGCAAGGGUCAAGUACUGUUGAGCAGUACAAAGAGGAGUUUGACCACUAUCUGCCCUUUGUGGGUAGCCAAGUCGGCGAUGAGCAAGCCAAGGCCGACAAAUUUCUGUGGGGCUUAAAUUCUGACAUUUAUUUGGCGGUAAACCAAUUUGAACCCGCCACUUAUCGAAAGGCUGCGGACAGAGCUAUAGGUCAGGAGAAGGCUAUGGCUAGAGUCAAGUCCUCUGGGCAGCCUAGUGGUGGGUCAUCCCUUGGGAAGAGGAAAUUCGAUGGGAGUCGUAGGUCCUUUGUCCCUGCACCGCCUAGGCCUGCUAUCAGCAAGGGUUCUAAAUGGUCAGGAGCUACUAAGACUGGGGGCCAGGCAUCCACGGCUCAACGUGCUCGCCCUACUCCACUUACUUGCAACUUUUGUGGGAAGGGGGCACCGAAACAGAAUGUCGGGGUUAGGACAAGGGCCCAGCAGGCAAGAGCCCAAGCCCAGCAGGCAAGAGUUCACGUGAUGACCCAUCAGGAAGCUGCGGCUACCGACGUAAUCACGGGUACUUUGCCUGUUAACUCUGAUUAUGCUCAUGUUUUAUUUGAUUCGGGUGCGUCGCACUCUUUUAUUGCUCGAUCUUAUGUUUUGAAACGAGCUUUACCUGUUAAUAUCUCUGAUUGUGAACUACAUGUGGACACCCCUUUAGGAGGGGUGAUGACUACUAGGGAGGUGUGUAGAACUGUGGAUAUUUGUGUUGAUGGUAGACAGCUGAGUGCUAGUUUGUUUGUUUUAGAUAUCUCCGAUUUUGAUAUCAUUUUGGGGAUGGAUUGGCUGUCCAAAUAUUUUGCCUCUAUAGACUGUCAUCGGAAAUGGGUAGUUUUUAAUAUUCCUGGUGAGCCAGAAUUUAGUUUUCAAGGCAGUGGUUCCUUUGCUCCACCCGUGUUAGUAUCUGCCUUGCAGGCUCAGAAAUAUCUUGUAAAUGGUUGCCAGGGUUUCCUAGUCUCUGUUAUUGAUGCUAGUAGUGUGACAUCGAGACUAGAAGACAUACCGGUGGUGCGUGAGUUUCCGGAUGUAUUUCCGGAGGAUCUUCCAGGUUUACCUCCGGAUAGAGAGGUUGAAUUUGCUAUUGACCUUGUUCCUGGCACCGGACCCGUUUCCAAAGCACCAUACUGUAUGGCUCCUGCAGAACUGAAGGAGUUAAAAGUCCAGCUGGAGGAACUCCUUGAGAAAGGGUUUAUACGCCCUAGUGACUGUGAAGAACCGGUAUCCCCUUCCUAGAAUUGAUGACUU